AUGAGAGUUUCUAGUGAGAGAAACGGUCGUCCGUGUGAGUUCCCCCUUGUGAGAAAGGUGAGAGCGAGCUCCUCUGUUAGGGGACGCCUUGAGAGUUUUCCUUCUUCUUUUUGCAGGUACCCAGCGUAUGGUGGAGAGGCACAAAGCGCUAUAUUGGGAAAGCAUCCUAGAGGAAUAGAGAUAGGCAACAAGCUCAUUUAUGUGAACACCAUUUCCGGGCGUGAUGGAGUUCUAGUCAAACUAUCUGUUGUGGAAAGAACUGGGAAAGUGUAUCAUGUGCUGUUCGAUUCUAGCCAAGCGGAGUGGAUGAUUAGCUCGCUCCAAACCGCCGAGCUGAAAGGUUGGGUGUUCCCAGCCUGUAACGUUAAGAGAAGUGGUGGCAGAGUCAUUCACUUGGGAAGGUUUGAGAACAGGAGGAGAAGCUUCCUAAAACUUUCGGAAUCCUUAUGGGCUAGGUGUACCUUCUUCGUGAUUAUCCCCUCGGAGAACAGCCAUGGUUGCUGGCGAUCUUUGACCAGUGUUGAGGGAAACGGUAACGUUUCCAUGUAG